UCAACAUCUCCUCGAUCUCAACAAUCGACUUUAAUAUUCCUUAUGUCUAUGGUCGAGAGUCGAAAUACAUUACAUGGUGAUCAUCUAACCUAAGUAUGCCUUGAUGCACCGGGAAUAGUUAACAAUAACAUCUUUUACUUUAGUGAGUAAUGACAAUGCUGCAGUUUAGUGCGACGGUCUAUACCGCCACUGCCAGACUCACAUCUCGUUCGUCCUGGCGUUUUACUGCACUCAUAGCUAGUAAUUCCAGCACAGCAGUAACCAGCGAGCAUUCUGCUGUCUCUAUAAAGGAAAACGAUACUACUAAAUUCUCAGAUAUACAAAAUAAUAUCCCACAUAAAGAAGAAAAGCAGAAAUCUGAAAGUAUGGGAAUCCAGACGAAGUUUUAUCCAUCAGAAAAAAGAUGGUUUAGUGAAAAUGACACAAUAUUUUCCAAACAAUUUCAAGCCGCUAAGUCUAUAAAUGACUUGCUAGAUUUAGCAAUGUUGUCAAAUCUGUCCAUGAAUAAUGCAUUGAAACUUAUAUCAAGCAUAACUAAUCAAAUAAAUAGUGGGAAAUCACAGACAGUUGAUAUUGAAGCUGAUGAAAGAUUUAUUCAUCUCAGAAAGAUAAUCAAGUUUGGUAACAAAAUAAAAACAUCAAAUGAUGAUCUCUCACAAUACUCUCAGUUAUCCACACCUGCAAUGAUUAAGGUGAUAGAAUCAUUGAGAGAACAAAGAAAGAGACAUACACCACUAUUAAGAAUGCUGUCAUAUAAUAUUGUUAAAUACAAUCUAACAUUAACCAUGCAGCAAAGUGCAAAUCUGUUAUAUAGCAUGGCUGUAUUAAAUUUUCCAGAUAAGAUCCUGUUGGAGAAAAUCACAUCUGACUUAUUGGAAUGUAUACCAAAAAGUACCAAUGCUGUUACAAAUACAUCCAUAAUAACAUCGCUGGGAUUUCUGCGUUAUAAAAAUGAGGAUGUACUCAAUGCGUUCUGUAACACAUUGUUCAAGAAAUCAAUCAAUUAUAAAUUUCACAAUUAUUCAUCGAUAUUACAAACAUUUGCAGCUUUGCAGUUUAAAUCAGAGAAUGCAAGCUCGUUUAUCAAGAAUUUCGCGGCACAAUCAGAUCCAUCUAAAAUAUCUUCAGCUGAAUGGUUGGAUAUUGUUUGGUCCUUAGCGGUUUUAGGUGAAGUACGGCCGCGACAUGUAGAAUUCGUGCUGGAUUCUACAUUUAUAGAAGAGUUAAUGGGCUCUUCAAAGUUAAAUGUUUCAAAGAAACUAAAAUUAUUAAAUAUCAAUGCUGUUGCACAGUUCAUGCUGAAAGAUUAUAAAGGACCUCUUUUGAAUAAAGAUUCAGAAGUUUUUAAUAAUAUACCUUUAGUUAGAUCAAAAGAAAAGCAAAUGUAUAUAGAUGCAUUGUCAGAGACACUAACAAAGUUAUUACCAUCCUCGUCUUAUUUCAAAACAAAUCUUAAUACGAACAUGGGUUUUUUACUAGAUGCAGAAUAUUGUAUAAAUGAUCAGCAUAAGUUUAUAAAAGUUGAAGAUUGGAAUGAACAAUCUAAGGAUGUAAAAAGGAUAGCAAUAAUGGUGCACGAUUACCAUGAUUAUUGUCGAGGACAGAAUGAUCUCAUAGGAUCAACGUAUUUAUAUACUCAACUAUUAAAAGCCAGAGGAUACAACCUUAUAACAAUUUCUUAUGAAAAUUUUAGUAUACAGGACAAAAUCGAUAAACGGAUUAAUUACUUGAAGAAAUGUAUGGAUAGUGUACAGGAAAUGAAAUCUAUAUAGUGCAGCAUUGAUCCUAGUCUAAUAAAAUCUAAAUAAAUAUAAAAAAAUGUACAUAUCAUUCUCAUGAUUUUGUUUUCUAAAAUUAAAAAUUGAUAUUAAAUGCCAUUGUC